ACCAGUGAUGAAUGCUGUGAAUGGAUUAUGGAUGUGCGCAAUGCGUAUUGAGUGGAAUGGAUUGCGCACAGUGUAGAAGUAGAGAGAUAGAAGAAAAACGUCAUCAAGCGUCAUUGUAUCGACGCGGCGCGCUUCAUCGUUAUUUCGUCUCGCAAAGAAGGAAUACUAGUCGCGCUGUAUCGAUUAUUCUCGUUUACAUCAUACAUAUGACGUUUUCCCUUAAAAACGUACAAUAAGCGAUAUAGAAGAUCAUCUAUUUGUGAAAUUUAUUGUAUAUCAAAAAGUUGAUCAACAAGUAAGAGCUAUAAUAUGGACUCGGCAACUGAGCUGGAACAUAUAGAGAAGCUAGCGAAAGAAGCAGAAUGCUUAAAGAAACGCUUGGAAGAUGAACGACAAAAGUUAAAUGAUAUUACACUUGCCAGUGUAGCAGAUAGACUUGAAGCAAUUAAUUGUAUAAAUGUAAAACCUAGACGUAUCUUAAAAGGGCAUCAAGCCAAAGUUUUAUGUUCUGAUUGGUCUCCUGAUAAGCGUCAUAUUGUUUCUUCUUCACAGGUAAGUCUUCUCAAGCAUUUUAUUUUACAUUUGGAUAGUAUGAUGACUGCAUCUAUUGUUUCAUAUAAAUAUUGUAGAGGUCUGGAUAAUAAAGUUACAGUAUAUCAGUUAAGUCUGGAGGAUGAUGUUUCGGCUCACAAGAAGACUGUUGGUACACAUACAUCAUAUAUGUCAUGUUGCGCAUUUCCUAACAGCGAUCAGCAAAUCUUAACAGGCAGCGGAGAUAGCACAUGUGGUUUGUGGGACGUAGAGAGUGGACAAUUGUUACAGAGUUUUCAAGGACACUCCAGCGAUGUUAUGUCUAUUGAUUUAGCACCGAGCGAAACUGGGAAUACGUUUGUGUCUGGUGGUUGUGACAAACUUGUCUUAAUUUGGGAUAUGCGUAGUGGCCAGUGUGUGCAAAGUUUUGAAGGACAUCAAUCUGACGUUAAUUCAGUAAGAUUUCAUCCAAGUGGCGAUGCAGUGGCAACAGGUUCAGAUGAUGCUACUUGUCGCUUGUUCGAUCUGCGUGCUGAUAGAGAAGUUGCAGUGUAUGCAAAAGAAAGUAUAAUAUUCGGAGCAAAUGCGGUUGAUCUCAGUAUAAGUGGACGCUUACUCUUCGCCGGAUACAAUGAUUACACAGUGAAUGUGUGGGAUACUUUAAAGUGUCAACGAGUGGCGCUGUUAUAUGGACAUGAAAAUCGAGUUUCGUGUCUAAGAGUUUCUCCAGAUGGUACUGCUCUGUCUACUGGAAGCUGGGAUGCAACUUUACGAGUUUGGGCUUAG